GAUUGCGCCAUGUGAACAAAUUUAUAAAAGUGUAAAUGGAAGUUCUAGGUUCACCAACAAAGAAAUUGAAGAAAUAAGGGCCUUGAGUUUUUUUGCGUUUGGAAAACGAAGAUUUUUCAGAUUCCUUUCACCACAGCCUAGGCAGCAUUUAUGUGUUCCGAAGGUGGAAAAGAAGACUUUCAUCAUUCACCAGUUAGGAACAAGGAUUAUCAAAAAGUUUGCUCAUCACCUUCAGAUCCUGUGCAUUUUGAAGUGGAUGCUUCUCAUGAAAAAUUAGAAAGCAACUUGGAAGCGGAUGCCAGGAAUGUCAGCAGUCUUUGUCAAGACUUAACUUGCUCAGAUUCUCCCUUCUAUAUGGAUACCAGCAGUACCAAUUCAGACUUGCCUCAGAAUGAAAUAAAGAAUGUAAAAAGGGAAGAUGAGUCUAAACUCACACUUGCUGAAGAAAUUUAUAGCACACUAGAUGACCAGUUAGGUGAUUUCAACAUUGGAAAUGACUCACAGAAUGUACUACCUCAACUAGUUGACCCCAGCAUUUCUUCCUUCAGACAAUUUGAACCCAUUUGCAAAUUUCAUCACACAGAAGCAUUUAGUAAUGAAAUGAUAACAUUUCAAAAUCUGAAAGAAGGCUUACCUUAUACAGUACAACCCGAAAUGCAAAUUCAUGUGUAUUAUUGUGCAAAAGACACUAAUAUAAAGGAAGUUUCAUUUAAGGAAGAAAAUUCACUGGGAACUAGCACUUCUACAAAUGAAGAGCAAUUUGCUCAUAAAUGUGUCAUACAACCUUCUAGAAGUCCACCUGUAGUCCACGGCAGCGGAGAGACAGUGAAAUUCAUGGAAAUGUCACUGGCUAAAAGUGCUGCCACGGAAUCUGCCCUCAAACCUAGUCAACCUCAGAGCUUCUGGUAUGAGGAAAAUGUACCCAGUGAUGUUGACAAACCGUUUUACAAAGAGAACGGCUUUAACCAGCUUGAUCUGAAAGCUAAUUAUGCAACAGAAAAGAUUUCAGUGUCUUCAAAAAGAAUCCAGAGUUUCGGAGCUAUUCCUGAGAUGCCAAUCAGUCACCAAAAGGAAGUCACAGUGGAGGACAUGGACAGACCAGGGACUGUCUCAUAUUGGUCUCCUGCAGUCAUUUCUUGGAGUAGUGGAGCAUCUCAGGAGGACAGCAAGGCACCUGACAUGGAGCAGAGUUUGGAGAGCUUACAACCUCUGGAAGAGGACAUGGCUUUAAAUGAAGUCUUACGGAAAUUAAAACAUACUAACAAAAGGCAGCAAACUCUGAUCCAAGACCUGCAGUGUAGUAACAAGUAUUUAGAGAAGAAGGUCGAAGAGCUCCAGAGGCAGACUACCAAGCAGCAGGUGUUCGUUGACAUAAAUAAGCUAAAGGAAAAGAUGGAAGAACUAAUUGAAGACAAAUACAGAGUGAUGCUAGAGAAGAAUGAUACUGAGAAGACACUGCAGAACUUGCACGAGGUUUUGACUAACACCCAAAAACAUCUCCAGGAAUCUAGGAAUGAAAAGGAAACCUUACAGCUCGAGCUUAAGAAGGUCAAGGGCAAUUAUGUUCACCUACAGGAAAGGUACAUGACUGAAAUGCAACAGAAAGAUAAAACUGUAAGUCAGUGCAUGGAGAUGAACACAACCUUAAGUAAGAAAGAAGAAGAGGUAGAGAGGCUGAAGCAGCUCAAGGGAGAAUUGGAAAAGGCCACCACUUCUGCUUUGGACUUGUUGAAAAGGGAAAAGAAGACCCGAGAGCACGAGUUCCUGUCUUUACGGGAGGAAUUUCAGAAACAUGAAAAGAAGAACCUGGAAGAACGACAGAAACUGAAAUCAAGACUGGAGAAACUGCUCACUCAAGUUAAUAAUUUACAGUUCAUAUCUGAGAAUGAGAAGGGGAAGAAUGCCAAACUGAAGCAGCAGGUCAUCUCAGUAAAACAAGAAAAUGUGAGGCUACAGCAGCAGAUUGCAGGGAGCGAGGAGCAAAAUUAUGCCCCUCGGUUUGAGACGGCUCAUUUAAAGGAGGACUCUGGGGAGGCAGUGGAGGCAGAUAUCACAAAGGAUGCAAAGAUGAUACAUUCUAAUUUGUUCCUGAAUUGCUCACCUUGUGAAGAAGAAAGCCUGAAUCCCCCAGAUGUGAAAAGAACCUCUCAGCUGGUCUCCAAACUUCACAGUCUUCUGGCUCUGGUCAUAGGACUUCUCACAUGUCAGGACAUUACUACUACUGAUGCUGAAUAUUUCAAAGAUUGUGAGAAAAUUAGUGAUAUAAUGCUACAAAAACUGAAGCACUUCCAUCUUAAAAAGAAAAAUUUAGAUAAAAAGCUACUGAAACAUAAAGACAGAAUCACAGCUUUUAGAGAGUUGAUUACUAAUGAAAAAGCAUUUCAAGAUCGAGUUACUGAGGUUACAGGCUUUGAUUCAGAUGAAACCAAGAAUGUUGGAGAUGUACCUAUCUUACUGGGAGCCAAACGGAAUAAGUACCACAGUCUGAAUGAAGAGCUUGAUUGCUUGAACACAGGGGGACUGUAAAGGGGACCCAACCCAGGAAAUCUUCCUCGGGAGGACUUUAUAACUGAGCAGUAACACCUGGUCCGAGGGAACCUCAUCCAGCACCACCAGCCAGCUGGCUUCUUCACCUCUCAGUACCUGUGUCCACACAGCAUGGAAAGCAGCUUUCCAGGAAGACUUCCUCCUCUACUCUGGCCAAGUGUAUAGGGCCUGUGAAUAGGGCCAGACACAGGUACUCUUCCUCUGCCUAGCUCAGCCCUACCCUGGGAGUCUGCCUCUUUGAGAUCAUUGGCAAGGCCCCUCGCCACUGCUGUAGGUCUGCAUUUGCACCACAUGCUCCAGCACACGUGGGCAGACCCCACAGGAAGGGAGGUGCUGGGGAAAUGAGAGAGCAUGCCCCUGCAAUGCUGUCAGCCCUCGAGCACCCUCCAGAUACUUCUUAUCUCCACUUAUGCAAGGGCUCUGAUGCGAUCUUAAAAAGUAUUUAUUUUAAAUAUUUCACACCAAACUAAUAUAAUAAAUAACCCUGUAUGUACCACCCAGGUAAAGAAAUGAAACGUGAAUAUAGUUGAAGCCCCCUGUGGCUGUCUCCAGUUGCAUUUUCGUCCCCUCCACCCAGUGGUAACCAUUAUCCUGAAUUUAAUGUUUACCUUGACCAUGCAGGUCUGUAUUUCCUGCAUAUAUAUGUAUCUUUAAACAAUGUGCAGUAUUGUUUUGUAUAUCUUUUAUUAUUUUACAUAUCUUUUUUAUUGUACAUCCUUUUCUAAGUUUUUUGGCCUCAAUCCUGUAACUGUAAGGUUCUUUUUUUUUUGUGAUAGAUGUAGCUGCAUUUACCCAUUUUCACUCCUAUGUAGUAUUUUAACAUAUGAAUAAAUCAUAGCUCACACUAGAACGUUUCAGAUAUACUGAGUCUUUGUCCACAAACCUUUGCAGAGUUGAAAUCAUAAUGUCUAUAUACUAUUGAAUUUUAAUUGAUAUAUCACACAUUUUUAUAUGCUACUAUACUAUCCUUAUAGAUUGUAUAUAGAUUAUAUAUAAUUCUCAAUGGCUGCAUAAUAUUCCAUAGAGUGAAAAUACAAUAAUCUUUUAGCCAUUCCCCUUAUUAGAUGAUUGAGUUCUUUCUGCUUUUAUGGAGAGGCUUUUCAUUUGUGAUUAUUUCCUUAGAAUAAAUUAUUGAAGUGGCAUUACUGCUUUUAAAGCUAUAAAUAUGCAUGUGAAUCUUUAUGUACAUAAUCAAAUGAAUUUCAAAAGACUAACUUUACCUUACAGAUAUCAGUGUGUUAAUGGUGCUAUUUCAUCAAAUAUUACCACUUGAAAUGUUUCUAACAAUUGACCUUUUAGUUUAUACUUGUAGUAAGAUGAAACAUUUUUUAACAUACUGUUUUUACAAUUGUGUGUGGGGGACAGUCUCACCUGCAGAUUUUAAUAUAUACAGAGUUUAACAACUCUCUUUUAACAGAGAUUUUAACAUAUGCAUUAUAUUUUAAAGAAUAAUAAUUGUGAUAGAAUAAAUAACAUCCUGUUAUAUGCAGAUUCCAAACUGCUUUCCAAGACAAAGUUUUAAAUGUUAUUGUAUAUAUUCCUAGGCCUGAUAACCAUCUAAAGAUUUUUUUGCUUUUUAUUCAAUUUCAUGUGUCCCCAAAUCUGAUUUCUCUUCUACCUUCACCUAGU